AUGAAUAGGCCGAGAAACGUUCCUCCUGCUGUCGUCGGCACUGCUUACAACGAUUAUCUUCAGGUCUUCUUUUCCUUCAAUUAGCUUACCAAUGAUAAAACGUUUCUUUCUCUAUGGAAACUUCUUUUAGUCAUCGGAAAAUGCACAUUACUGAACGUCAGACUUUUUCACGCUUGAUUGAGCCGACGAUGUUAUCUCAUCAAGACCGAGUAGACGUUUUUGAAGUCCCGCCCCAACAUCUUAGUCAACAGUCUCCACUCGUAUCUUAGCAACACAGAAAAUACUAUAAAAGCUGAUUUACCGGGUUUUUCUUCAAACUAUUUCUCUUCUUUUUUUUUACCUAUACUUUAUAAAGACUCAAUAAAGAUGUUCCAGCCGGAGGUACCGACGGAGAUGGAAAGAGUUCAAGCUGCUGUUGAUCAACUCCGUGUGGAAAGCAAACUCAAACGGGAAAAAGUGUCCACUGUUUCCAAGGAGUAAAUACUUCUCUGAGCCUCUUCUUUUGUAAUGAGAAACAUUUUCAGCCUCAUCAAGUUCUGCGAGGAGCACAAGAAGGAAGACGUCAUGCUCAAUGGGGCUUUGAACGAGCAGAAUAACCCAUACCAGGACAAGAAAAACUGCACCAUCGUUUGA